UUCUUUCAGCUUCUCCACUCGAUCUAAAUCAAUCUUAAACCCUACCGUCUCUUCCUCUCGCUGCCGUCCGGUAGCUCUUUUUCCGACGAGAAAUGACGAUUCACGCCGCAGUAAUCCAGAAGCUUCUGAACACCGGCGCACAUCUCGGCCGUCGCGCCGCCGAGCACCAUUUCAAGCAAUACGCUUACGGGACGCGUAACGGGAUGACCAUUAUCGACUCCGACAAAACCCUAAUUUGCCUCCGUAGCGCCGCUCAUUUCGUCGCUAACCUCGCGCACAUGCGAGGCAACAUCUUCUUCGUCAACACCAAUCCUCUCUUCGACGAGAUCGUCGAGCUCACUUCCCGUCGGAUCCAAGGGGACUCUUACAAUCACAACCGCGCGAUGAAUCUGUGGAAGAUGGGAGGGUUUCUAACCAACAGUUACAGUCCUAAGAAGUUCCGAUCAAGGCACAAGAAGCUUUGCUUUGGUCCGACUACGAUGCCUGAUUGCGUCGUCGUGUUUGAUACUGAGAGGAAGAGCUCGGUGAUACUCGAGGCCUCGAAGCUUCAGAUUCCGGUUGUUGCGAUUGUGGAUCCGAAUGUGCCAUUGGAGUUCUUUGAGAAGAUUACGUAUCCUGUGCCAGCUCGUGAUUCGGUCAAGUUCGUGUAUUUGUUCUGCAAUGUGAUCACCAAGUGCUUUGUGGCGGAACAGAUGAAGAUGGGGAUCAAAGAUGAGAGCAAUGAAGAUAUGAUCAAGGAUUUAGCCGCAUGAUUUCGAUAUAUUCGCAACAAAAGUAUGAAACUUUUUUAUUGGGAUUUAUCUAUAGUUUGCUCUCUUCAGUCUGGAAUAAUUGUUCUUCAGAAUUUGUGGUUUUGAAAUUAUGGGGUGCUUUUACACAUUUGGAUGAUUUUGUUUCUCUCUGAGAUGGUUGGAAGAUUGUUCAUUUCUUUCUUGGAAUUCGAUAAGAUUAUUGUAAGAAACAAGUUAUGAUUGGAUCUAAGAUUGAUCAUUUUCGCUAAGAUUAUUGUAGUGACCCAUCUACUGAUCAGGUUAAGGGAUGAGCUGGUGUGUACUG